AUGUCGUUCUUGUUCCUGGGGCAUGAAAUCUUUGGCAAAGGUAUAACCCCACCUGUCACAAAAGUAGCCGCUGUGAGUAACUUUCCUCGACCCAAGAACCUUCAUGCAUUGAGAGGGUUUCUAGGUCUGGCUGGUUUCUAUCAUCGCUUCAUUAAAGAUUUCUCGGAUAUAGUCAUGCCUCUUUACAAGCUAUUGAAAUUAGGAAAAAAUUUUACCUGGAGGAAGGAGCAACAAGAAGCAUUCAACGAAUUAAAGAACGCAUCGCACCUUGCUCUUGGUGCUGUUCUAUCUCAGCCUGGCGAUAACGGGCUAGAAGGUAUUGUGGAGUAUGCCAGUCGAUCAACGAAGCCUGCUGAGCGAAAUUACACAAUAACUGAGUUAGAAU